GGGACGGGCACGGAGCGGCGGCGGCGGAGGAGGAAGAGGAGGAGGAGGAGAAGGAGGAGGAGGAGAAGGAGACACGUCAGGGCUGGUCGGAACGCUUCUUCCCGGCGCAGAGGGGAGGACACGCGAGCCUCAGGAGCGGGGAGGCCUCCCCGGCCCCCGCGGGGCACAGCGGGGACCUGCGGAGAGUGGCCACAUCGAUGGAGGUACAAGCCAUGGUGGCCCCCCGGCCAUGGGACCGAGUGAAGCUGUUGGGAGCCUUGGUCUUGGUGGCAUCCAUGGCGUCCUCGGUGGCAGGUGACACGCGUGUGGUGGGCGGCAUGGACUGCGAGCCCCACUCGCAGCCGUGGCAGGUGGCCAUCCUCGACAUGUACAAGCUCUACUGCGGCGGCGUCCUGGUGGCCCGGCAGUGGGUGGUGACGGCGGCCCAUUGCACCACGCCAGGGAUCACCACCAUCCGCCUGGGCAAGCACAACCUCUUCACGCGAGAAUGGGGCGAGGAGCGGAGGUUGGUGCAGAAGCUGGUUCCUCACCCCAACUACAACCCCAGCACCAAGGACAACGACAUCAUGCUGAUCAAGCUCCUGACGCCCGUCACACUCACCGAGAGGAUCCAGCCUGUCCCUGUGGCCUCCUGCCCCCCAGUGCCUGGCACCAGCUGCACCACGUCGGGCUGGGGGGCCACCACCUCCCCAGAAGGUACCCAGUGCCGAUGGCCCCUCCUGGAUGCCUGGGUCCCAUCCUGGACAUCUAGGUUCUCUCCUUGGCACUUUGGUCCUCUCCUGAACACCCAAGUGUCCUCCUGGACACCUGGGUCCUCUCCUGGACACCCAGGUCCUCUCCUGGACACCUGGGUCAUCCCCUGGACACCUGGAUCCUCUCCUAAAAAAUAG